AUGGCAGUCUUCAACCUCACCUCCUCUGACCCUUCAUUAUUCAUCCUUGUGGGUAUUUCUGGCCUGGAAGCUUCUCACAUGUGGAUUUCCAUCCCUUUCUCUAUGUUGUACAUUACUGGCUUGCUGGGAAAUUUCACGGUUCUGUUUGUUGUAUGGAAAGAGGAGACCCUGCAAAGGCCGAUGUACCUGCUGCUCUGCAUGUUGGCACUCACAGACAUUACCACGUCUACCUCAGUUGUGCCGAAAACCCUAUGCAUAUUUUGGUUCAAUUUGAAUGGCAUUACUGUGGGUGGCUGCCUCACCCAGAUGUUCUUCCUUCAUGGGGUUUCCGGUAUGCAGUCAGCCAUUCUCGUGGCAAUGGCCUUUGAUCGCUACGUUGCCAUAUGUAAACCUCUGCGAUAUGCCAGCAUCGUCACCAAUGCACGAAUAGCUCAGCUAGGGCUUUUGGGUUUGCUAAGAUCUGUUCUUGUUGUUCUGCCCCUGCCCCUGCUCCUGAGCAGGCUGACAUUCUGUGCCAACAACGUUAUACCCCAUACGUAUUGCGAGCAUAUGGCUGUGGCAAAGAUGUCCUGUGGGGAUAUCACAGUCAACAGGAUGUAUGGCUUGAUGGUCACGUUUUUCGUCUUAGGGUUAGACCUGUUGCUCAUUUUCUUCUCCUACGGUCUGAUCACCAGGGCCAUCCUCAGAAUCUCCUCCAAGAAAGCCUAUAAAAAAGCCCUCAACACCUGCACAGCUCACAUCUGUGUUAUGCUGAUGUCUUGUACUUUCUUCCUCUUCUCCACUAUAACACAUCGCUUCGGUCAGGGCAUCGCUCCCCAUGUUCACAUCAUCUUGGCAAACCUCCAUUUCCUUGUCCUCCCCAUGCUCAACCCUAUCAUUUAUGGGGUCAAAACCAAAGAGUUUCAUGACAAAAUGGUCAAAUACAUCUGCAGAAGAUGA